GUCCUGUUUCCUGUCCUUUUCAGUAGAAGAUACAAUACAAUCCUAGUAGUAGGUUCGUUCGUUCAUUUGGGGCACGACUUCUUUUCUCCAUCGCGAGUUUGAGUACCUUCGUAAGUAUUGAGCUGUAGAGGAUGCGUACGGGUUCUGCCUUCUUCUUCUUCUUCUUCUUCUUCUUCUUCUUCUUCUUCUUCUUCUUCUGCCUGUUGUCGACGAAGUGCUCUUCUGAUUUUCUGCUUCUACCACGCUGGAGGGGUCUAAAUGAUGACUGAUGUCUUCAGCAAAUGUGAAAGGUUUUCCCAACGUAUCUCUCGAUGAUUGUUCGUGCCUUCCUCGGCCAUCACGACAACAGAUCUUUCGACCCUACCUUACCCAUGUGGAAAAGAGAUUCUGUUCUGACCCUAGAGCGAGAUUCCCUCCCAUCUGGACUACGAACGGGACUUGGAAAAAAAAGGGUUCAUUGGAGGGAGUAGUAAGUCCAUAU